AUGGAUCAGCAGCAGCAGCAAGGGCCCGACGCGGCGGCGGCCAGGCGGAUGGCCACGCUCGCCUCGCACCUGCGCCCGCACCCCGCCUCUCAACCUCAGGUGGAGGAUGUUCCCCUCCUGAGGGGAUCCAAUUGCCGUGCAAAAGGUGCGGCGCCAGGCUUCAAAGUCGCGAUCUUGGGUGCGGCAGGUGGGAUCGGGCAGCCACUCGCGCUAUUGAUGAAGAUGAACCCUCUUGUUUCGGUGCUCCAUCUAUAUGAUGUCGUCAACGCACCUGGUGUCACAGCUGACAUCAGCCACAUGAACACUGGUGCUGUGGUGCGUGGCUUCUUGGGCCAGCCACAGUUGGAAAAUGCCCUGACUGGAAUGGAUCUUGUCAUAAUUCCUGCUGGUGUCCCUCGGAAACCUGGGAUGACAAGGGAUGAUUUGUUCAACAUAAAUGCUGGAAUAGUCCGUACCCUGUGUGAAGGAAUUGCAAAAUGCUGCCCCAAUGCAAUUGUGAAUGUGAUCAGUAAUCCUGUCAACUCUACCGUUCCAAUUGCUGCUGAAGUUUUCAAGAAAGCUGGAACUUAUGACCCUAAGCGUCUUUUGGGUGUGACCACUCUUGAUGUAGUGAGAGCAAAUACUUUUGUGGGAGAGGUUCUUGGACUUGACCCCAGAGAGGUAAAUGUUCCAGUUAUCGGUGGGCAUGCAGGACUUACGAUACUACCACUCCUUUCGCAGGUGAAUCCUUCCUGCUCAUUCACCUCAGAAGAGGUUAAAUACCUCACUUCUCGCAUACAGAAUGGUGGGACAGAAGUAGUCGAGGCUAAAGCUGGAGCAGGAUCAGCAACUCUUUCAAUGGCCUAUGCAGCUGCCAAAUUUGCAGAUGCUUGCCUGAGAGGAUUGCGUGGUGAUGCUGGGAUAGUAGAGUGCUCUUAUGUAGCUUCUCAGGUCACAGAGUUGCCUUUCUUUGCAUCCAAAGUGCGGUUAGGGCGAUGUGGCAUUGAGGAGAUCCUACCACUUGGACCAUUAAAUGAGUUUGAGAGAGCUGGUCUGGAGAAGGCAAAGAAAGAGCUGGUCGAGAGUAUCCAGAAGGGUGUCUCUUCAUCAACAAGUGAGGCCAGCCAACCCAACAUAUAG